UUCGUUGCCAAUGGCUUCAUAUCCCGACCCGGAUUUCCAGCUCUGCCCCCAGUGCAAGAUGUGCGGUUCGCGGGCUUCCAUCUCCUCCAACUCGUCCACGUCGCCACCGUCCUCGCAGACCUCCAACUCGGCCGGGGGCGGGGGCGGGGCUGGGGGCGGGAGCGGCCCGGCCUCUGCGUCCUCCUCCUCCUCCUGCUCCUCCUCGUCCUCUCGGAGACUGCACGUCCUGCCCUGUCUCCACGCCUUCUGCCGCCAGUGUCUGGAGGCGCAGAGACACCCGGCGGCGGCGGGCGGGCCGCCCGGGGAGCCCCUCCACUUGCGCUGCCCCAUCUGCGACCAGAAAGUGGUGCUCUUCGACUCUCCGGGCAUGGACGCGCUGCCCUCCUCCAACUUCCUCCUGAGCAACCUGCUGGACGUGGUGGCGGCGGCUGAGGAGCCGCCGCCGCCGCCCAAGAACAACGGCCGCGGGGUGGUGGUGGUGGGCGGCGGCGGCGGAGGCAACGGCGGCGGCGGCGGCGGCAGCAACAACCGCCAUCACCACCAUCAUCACCACCAUCCACCCCCGUGCGCCCCCGCCGCCGCAGCCGCCGCCCACGGCUGGCUCCCCGCUGCAGCCUCCCGCGCCCCGUCCGCCCCGUCCUUGUCGUCGUCCCCGUCGUCGUCCUCGCUGAUGCUCCGGCGGCCGCACAGCCAGAGCGACGCGCGCUGCAGCUCAUGCGACGAGGGCAACGCGGCCAGCUCGCGCUGUCUCGACUGCCAGGAGCACCUGUGUGACAACUGCGUCCGCGCGCACCAGCGGGUGCGCCUCACCAAAGACCAUUACAUCGAGCGUUUCGGCAGCCCCGCCGCCGCCGCCGCCGCCGCGGCCAACAGCACGGCGGCGGCGGCGGCGGCGGCGGCGCAGCUCGCGCUCAGCCAGACCUUCCCCGGCUCCCCCUUCUCCAUCCUGUCGGUGUUCCCUGAGCGGGUCAGUUACUGUCAGCAGCACGACGACGAGGUGCUGCAUUUCUACUGCGAUACCUGCUCCGUUCCCAUCUGCCGAGAGUGCACCAUGGGGCGCCAUGUUGGCCAUAGCUUUAUCUACCUCCAGGAUGCCCUCCAGGACUCUCGAACCCUUACCAUUCAGCUGCUGGCUGAUGCUCAGCAAGGUCGCCAGGCCAUUCAGCUGAGCAUUGAACAGGCCCAGGCUGUGGCGGAACAAGUCGAAAUGAAAGCAAAGGUGGUCCAGUCUGAAGUCAAAGCAGUCACGUCAAGGCACAAGAAGGCCCUGGAGGAGAGGGAGUGUGAGCUGCUGUGGAAGGUGGAGAAGAUCCGACAGGUCAAGGCCAAGUCUCUGUACGUGCAGGUGGAAAAGCUUCGUCAGAACCUCAGCAAGCUAGACAGCACCAUCAGCGCGGUGCAGCAGGUCCUGGAGGAGGGGCGAGCCAUGGACAUCCUGUUGGCCCGAGACCGCAUGUUGGCUCAGGUCCAGGAGCUGAAGAACCUCCGGAGCCUCCUAAAGCCCCAGGAAGAUGACAGAGUGAUGUUCACCCCCCCAGACCAGGCCCUGUACCUGGCCAUCAAAUCCCUGGGCUUUGUCAGUAGUGGGGCUUUUGCCCCCUUAACCAAGGCCACCGGGGAAGGCCUCAAGCGCGCCCUGCAAGGCAAGGUGGCCUCGUUCACGGUGAUCGGCUAUGACCACGAUGGGGAACUGCGCCUUUCAGGGGGGGACCUGAUGUCCGUGGUGGUGAUGGGGCCCGACGGGAAUCUGUUUGGUGCUGAUGUCAGUGAUCAGCAGAAUGGUACUUACCUGGUCAGCUACCGGCCACAGUUGGAAGGUGAGCACCUGGUCUCCGUGAUGAUCUGCAACCAGCACAUAAAGAACAGCCCCUUCAAGGUGCUGGUCAAGUCCGGUCGCAGCUACGUCGGCAUCGGGCUGCCCGGCCUGGCCUUCGGCACCGAAGGGGACGGCGAUGGGAAGCUGUGCCGCCCUUGGGGGGUCAGCGUGGACAAGGAAGGCUACAUCAUCGUGGCCGACCGCAGCAACAACCGGAUCCAGGUGUUUAAACCUUGUGGCACCUUCUAUCACAAGUUUGGCACGUUGGGCUCGAGGCCUGGUCAGUUCGACCGCCCUGCUGGAGUGGCUUGCGACUCCUCCCGGAGGAUUGUGGUGGCUGACAAGGACAAUCAUCGCAUCCAGAUAUUCACAUUUGAAGGGCAGUUCCUCCUCAAAUUUGGGGAGAAGGGCACGAAGAACGGACAGUUCAACUACCCUUGGGAUGUAGCAGUGAAUUCGGAAGGCAAGAUUCUAGUCUCUGAUACCCGGAACCACCGUGUCCAGCUGUUCGGGCCUGAUGGGGCCUUCCUGAACAAGUACGGCUUUGAAGGGGCCCUCUGGAAGCACUUUGAUUCCCCCCGGGGGGUGACCUUCAACCACGAAGGCCAUCUGGUGGUGACGGACUUCAAUAACCACCGCCUGCUAGUUAUCCACCCAGACUGCCAGUCUGCCCGCUUCCUGGGAUCAGAGGGCACAGGCAGCGGGCAGUUCCUGCGACCUCAGGGGGUCGCAGUGGACCAAGAAGGACGCAUCAUAGUUGCCGAUUCGAGGAAUCAUCGGGUGCAGAUAUUUGAAUCCAAUGGCAGCUUCAUAUGCAAAUUUGGUGCUCAGGGAAGUGGCUUUGGCCAAAUGGACCGGCCCUCGGGCAUUGCUGUCACUCCAGAUGGCAUGAUCGUCGUGGUUGAUUUUGGAAACAAUCGAAUCCUCAUCUUUUAAUAGAAAGUGUUGGCUUUGUUCUUGCGGUUGCUUUUUGGGGGGUAAUGGUUUGGUUUUUUUUUUUCCAUUUUGAAUUUCAAAGAAGAAACUCUCAGGGAAAUUUUUUUUCUUUAUUAUGAGAACAAAAAAAGUACAACGUUACUGAAGACCUACCUCAUCUUUAUUUUUUUACAGAUGAAUGUACUUCUCUUUGUGCAGGGAUUGAGCCUGGGAAGUUAUAGAUUCUAUCUACCUCAUGUUCUUUGGGUUCCCUCCUCCCUUUGUUCCUUUCCCCACCCCUCCCUUCUCAGCCCAGUGCAGAGUUUGUAUUUACCUCCAUCCCCAAAACGGGUUAUUGAAUGCACAAGCCGACGAUUGGAUUGGUUAUCAUGCUGUCACUGGAUUGGUCGUGUGCGAUCAAAGCUUUCUAGAGAGGAAGCCAAAUGAGGCUCUCUAACUUUAAAAAAAAAAGAUUAAAAAAAGUAGGCUUAGAUACUUAGAGCAUCUAUGUUCCAGAUUCUAGACUGUGGUUUGUGGGUUUCUUCCUGUGUUAAGUGUGUUUUGGUAAUAAGCCUUUUAAAACCUUUUUUAAAAUGCUGCAACAGAGAACAUUUCCCUCUUACCCUUUCAUACCUCAAUAUGUUUGACUUCCUGUUCAGCAUUUUUUUCUUAUUUCUAGAAAAUAUGAGUGAGGUGUGCCAGCUCAGAAGAGCGGGCCUUUCCUAGUUUGGGGUUCUAUUUUAGAGGAGCGUGUGCAGUAUCCCUGCCCCAAAUGGUAAAAGUCAAGGAGAUGGCACACAUCUUAAGUUUUUUGAUGACUUUUAUUAAAAUAUUCUUCAGUGUUUGGGGGGGAUGGUUUCGUGGAAGAGGGAGGAGUGUAAUCUGUUAGAAGAAAAUGGAAGUCAUCUAAUUCUUGGAUUUAAAACUUUUAAAAAAUGUUUGGGGGUGU